CAAACGAUAACAAGAAGUCAAGAACCAUCCAAGAACCAACAUCGUUGGAAAACAUAAGAGUAUACAUGAAUAAAUUACUUUGUUUCCGAAAAUUAAAUAGAAAAUUUUAAUUCAAUAAUCAGUGCAAAUGGCGUGAAUAAGUCACAAUAAAUAACAACAAGAAUUCUAAUGGUAGUUGUUAGAAAUUGAAAAACACAAAACCCCCAAAGGAAUUUAUGGGAGCUCCCUUUGGUGUACUAUGCGUACAUGAAUAUCGAUUUCGCAAACUGAUUUUCAUAUAACAAAAAUUGAAAUUGAGUUUUUUUGUUUUUUUGAUAAAGUCUAGCCAUUGAAUUGGCUGGUGCAUCGCCCCAACAUGCCAAGCAGCUUAUUAUUUGCCACAAACAGCGAGGGUCGGGUGUAUACACUGUCGACAUCAUCUUCGGGAUGGCGAGAAUUUCCUUACCUAGGAUUGGAGUUCAAAAAGAUUUCAGCGGUGACGAAUUUUAUGUGGGCCAUAGGCGGAGACAGACAAGUCUAUGUGCAUGUUCACGGACUCGAUGUUCCGAUUCGAGUCAAGGAGGAGUCCUAUGAAAAUGAGCGAUGGCUUCCGAUUGAAGGAUUUUCCAAGAAACUCCUACCAACUGAUCGUUACCAUUUCUCUUCGAUGGAUGGGACAAUUGAUCGAAACAUCGACAAAAUAAGGUUACCAUCAAUGGCUUGGCAAUGGGAGGGCGAUUGGCAUCUUGAUUGCACUUUAGACGGCCAACCCCUUGAUCAUGAUGCUUGGACGUAUGCCUUAGAUUUUCCGGCAACUUAUCAAUGUAAAAAUGCCUGGAAUUGUUAUGUUCGUAGGCGAAAAUGGGUUCGUUUUCGACGCUAUAGUGCCCUGAAUAAUUGGUGUGCCGUGGCCCCACUCCACAAAGAUCCGACGCAAGAACCCUUUAUUGACGUUGCGAUAGGGGGAUUUAAUAUUCCCAAUGCUCCUGCUGGUACAAUGCUUGUUUGGGCUGUGACUGCUCAUGGAAGGGCAAUGUUUCGUUCAGGAGUUAGUACUUCAUCACCUGAAGGGCUGCGUUGGACAGCAAUCAGCACACCGAUUGGAUGUGAAAUAGCCCAAAUAAGUGUUGGCCCUUUCGGAUUAGUUUGGGGAGUUUUGUACAAUGGCCGAGCAAUUGUUCGAUCUGGUGUAAGGAGGGAAUGUUUGAGUGGAGAAUCGUGGCUAGAGGUGAAGCCUCCUGGGAACGGUAUUAAAAUCUUACAAGUGUCAGUGGGAACGGAUGCUGUAUGGUGUGUUACCAAUGACAACCACGUGUGGUUCCGCAGAGGGGUAAAGGGAGAGGCUGCCGGAAUAAGCGAAGAUGCCGCCAUUGGAAGUGGAUGGGUUGAAAUGGUUGGUAGUAUAUCUAUGGUAGCAGUUGCGGCAAACGACCAAGUCUUCGCUAUCGGUUCUGAAGAUCGCAGAUUGUAUUUUAGAUCUGGUGUAUCGGCGUCUGAUCUUACCGGCAAAAAGUGGCGUCUUUUGCAAUGCCCAAUGCAAGUGAGUCGGACAUCAAGCACUAUGAGCUUAAUGUCAAGAAAGAGCGGAGGCUCUUCACCUGGCUCCAAGCAUCGAAGUAUUUGUAGUUUGUAUAAGGAAAGGGCUGUGGUUGAAACUUGUGCAGUAAUCGAAAACGUUGGUCACAUUGAAUCCAAAGUUGGAGAUCAAUUACGUCAUAAGCCAGACUUGUGGAAGAAUAACUCCGAUUCACCUCCGAACAUAGGAAGCUUAAAAGAUCAUCGUAGAAAACACGUUUCUAUUCUGCAAGAAAACUCACAAGCUUCUAGUGCACCAGCGGCGGAUAUUGGUGAAAUUGCUGGAAAACAUUUUGAAACUCAACUAAAAAAUCCAAGAGCCUGGUCUCCAGUUCGAAGUGUGGGCUCAAUUGUUGGUACUGAAGCUCAUCCCGAAAGCGAUUCUGCAGUUUUUGAUGCUGAUUGUACACGGGAUUCUGGGGUUUUCGGAGAAGACGACGACCAUGGUGGCUCUCAGUACUGGGCGGAAUUUGAAGUUAUGUGGAAUUGUAUGACUGCUGGGGCACUCGUUGUAGAUCCAUUAAACUUGCCCAAUUGGUUUAACGAUAGCAUUUUCUUGGACAAUAACGAGGAGCUGACUCGUGAAUGGCGUUUAGAUAUUAUUAAAAGACUCAAAGUACGUGAAACUGCCUUGAAAUCAUUAAAGUUUAGUAAAUAUGAAAAGGCAGUUGAAAUGUCAUCGUGGAUAAAAUCAGGAGAAGCGCGAGUUCAGAAACCAGGAGGACUUUUUGAGGACUGCCACAUUGAACUAGAGUGGGUCAGUUCAUGUUCACAGGAUUCAGGUUCGGGCUCGGGUACCUUUACAGUCCUCAAUCCAGAUGGAGUUACGACAAAAAUUCAAUUUUCUCUAUCGGAAAUUACUUGUAUCCAGUGUUGCAGUGAGCCUGGAUCUCCGCGAAUUUCUAUUCAUGCACCACGACUCCCAAUCGGAUGCUCUCCAAUAAAACUUAUGUUUGCUGGCGACACCGAAAUGGAAGACUGGAUAUCUCACCUGACUUCAGUAUGUUGCCAGAUCAACGAAGUCUUAGGAAAACCUGCCAACAAUUCAAUCUGGGCAACCACUGAUAUGGGUGAUGUUUUUGUCUUUGAUCCAAGCAAUUUGAAAGCAGUGCAAUAUUCUAAAGACAAAAACGCAUAUAUUGAACAUGUUGAUGUUUCUGCAACUGAGACACCUUAUUAUAAUACAUUGUACAAUGGAAUGGCACCCGGCACAGAACUUACAAUAACUGGAUGUGUCUAUGACGACGCGGACCAGAUUCGCUUUGACUUUCAAUGUCAUCCGUUCAUAAAAGUCAGACACAAAGUCGAAAAGCUGAGAGUAAUUGCAAUGCAUUUAAAUCCAAGAUUUAACGAAGAUGUUAUUGUAUUAAAUUCUAUGGAAAACUCUGAAUGGUCAACUGAAGUAAGAAACCCUAAUAUGGUUUUUUCGCCGGGAGCAACAUUCACAUUGACGAUUCGAUCAACAUCCGUUGGCUACAAUGUUAUUGUUAAUGAAGAAUUCUUUACGGAAUUUCCUCACAGCACUGACCCAGAUGCUGUAACGUGUCUAUACGUAAGUGGGCGUGUCAAACUCUUCAAUAUUAUUUACCAAAGUCCAUCAGUCAUAAUACCACUUCGUGAUAUAUUUUGGCGUCAAAUUGGCGGUCACAUUAAAAAGAUAUUUUCAUGUCACGAAGGAGUGGUAUGGGGUAUCAGUUGCGAUAGCACCGCUUGGGUAUACAACGGUGGUUGGGGUGGAACUUUUCUGAAAGGACUCGAAAGUAGUUGCGGUAAGAUAAAUACGAUGACUGAUUCACACAACUUCUACGUCUAUGAAAAUCAGCGGUGGAACCCACUUAGUGGAUAUACCACUAAGGGUCUACCAACAGAUAGACACAUGUGGAGUGAUGUAACAGGGAAACACAAGCGAAGUAAAGAACACACAAAGUUGUUGUCUAUGCAUUGUGAAUGGGUAUCGGAUUGGAUGGUGGAUUUUAAUGCGCCUGGUGGAGUUGACAAAGACGGUUGGCAAUACGCUGUUGAUUUUCCGGCAUCGUACCAUGGUUCUAAGAAAAUAACUGAUUGUGUUCGACGCAGGCGUUGGUUGAGAAAAUGUCGCCUAGUAACGAGCGGGCCUUGGCAGGAACUGGGCAAUUCAAAAAUUAUUGACGCUUCUAUUUUGAAUUUAAACGACUCAAGUGAUCCUUCUAUUGCAUUGUGGGCAGUGGCUAUAAAUGGCGAUGUUCUAGUCAGAAACGGCGUGAGCCAGUCAAAUCCAAAGGGGGAAUCUUGGCAUCACAUACCUUGCGAGCAACCGUUGAUCUCAAUAAGUAUAGGCACAAACCGAAAAGUAUGGGUCGUUGGUAAAAAUGGAACAGUAUACUUCAGAUAUGGCACAAGCUCCCAAAAUGCUUUGGGUGAUGCUUGGCAGCCAAUUGAAACUCCUCCGGGAGUGACAUUCAAGGUUGUAUCAGCAGGAGAAAAGGGAGUUUGGGCCCUUGAUUCAAACAAUCGCUUAGCUGUGCGCAAAGAAAUUUGUACAACAUUUCCAGAAGGAUCUCAUUGGCAAUUCUUGCCCAAUAUUCCAAACAUUCCUCCGCAUGGUGAUACUAAUGUAGGAUUUAAAUCGAUUUCCGUAGGAAAUGAAGUGUGGGCCACUUCCUUAAAUGGUAUCAUAUGCAAACGCUGCAGCAUUACAAAAGAAAAUCCAGCUGGUACUGGUUGGCAUAUAGGCAUUCCUGGUCAAUGGCAACAUAUAUCCGUUGACGGUUAUAACUAAUCGGACAAAAAGUAUUUUCUAUUUAUAUAUAUUUAAAGUAUUAAUUUCCACAGUGCAUUGUGUAUGUAUUCGCUUCACGACAUUUGCCUAAGACGUAAUCAUUUCCGAAAUCUCUUUCUCCAGUCAGUUUAUUUAUUAUAGAUUAUGUUUAAAUAAAUGACAAAGUAAAAUGCUAUUUCAAUUUUAGUGAACGAUUUUUAUAUGAUUCUUAAAUUUACAAAACCCUUAGCAAUAAAUAAUAAAUUUAUUUAAACAAUUAUGCACAAUAAAGAACUGAGGCUUCAUUAUCUAAAAUGAA